AUGGAGUCGCUAAACAAAAUCUCAAGCGUCGACAAAAUUUUAGAUCUCCUUUCCACACUCGGCUACGUCGAUGCAACAGGUUCCGAUGCACCGCCGUCGCAGAAAAUCGCCGCUGGCCUGUCUUGGAUCAUCGCCGCCCUCAACCCCAAUUCCAACAUAAUACACGAUGAAAACAAUACACAGUACAUAGAAGAAUCUCUAAAGUUAAUAGAAUGUUCGCACCCUCUUCAACAAACUCAUAUUCAAAAUUGUGAUGCUGAUGCUCUUUUUCCGGUUAUUCAAUGGAUUAGUUCACGUCUAAAAUCAACGCAAGAACAAUGCGUUAGUGAGUGCUGA